AUGAAAAAGUUUUUAGUUAGCCUUUGGCGUUUUACGUCAGUUGAGCUGCGUGGAUUCUCGCAUACUAUAAAAAUAGACGAUAAUGAUCAAUGCGUUUCCGAUGUUGGCACAUCUUAUUCAAAUACGAAUUCUGCAAGAUCAUAUGUUGGAGAUGUAGACAAAGAUGCUGUUAUUAAAAGUCCACACACCAAUCCUUCCAUAGAGUUUGAUUUUAGUGUUGACCGUUUGGUUUCAGAACUCAUUCCAGAGAGGAAAUACACAGUUAAAGAUGAUCAUAUUAAUGGAGCUAUACCACAGAAUUUACUGAUACACAUGGGAAAAUUGCCGUGUUAUUUUGAAAAAUUAAUUUUUUAUUCUGUUUUGACGUGCUUGGACUCGUUGUUAUUCGAAAUAACUUUCCUACCAAUUCAGGUUUGCACUUUUUCAUUUGAAUAUUUUGUAUCACAGGCCAUCAACACAUUAUCACAUUUAACAAUUACGGCUGCCGGUUUUGCAUAUAAAGAGCUUUGCUCUUUUUUUAAUGAUUGUUUCUUCCUUACAAGUGAGCGUUUGAAUAAUGCGGAUGGUAAAUCUACUUCUGGAAAUGGAAAUGUAUAUGAUAAAUCUGCUGAUGAAAAGAUCUCUAAAACUAACAGAAGAAACUGCAAUAAACCCUCUAACGAUAGAAUUGAUCAUUUGUCUGGAAUAAAUCUUUCUCUGUAUCAUAUUUCAAAUGAAAAGAAAAAGGACAAAUUACCACUAACCACUAGUGAGUUUUGUGGUUUUGUGCGUUUUUUUGUAUUGGUCGCCAGUAUAUUAAUUUUUUCAAAUUUGGACACUUCAAAACUCUAUCACAAUAUUAGAGGGCAGCCGUUUAUUAAACUUUAUGUGAUUUUUAACAUGUUGGAAAUAUGCGAGCGUUUAUGCAGGUCAUUUGGUUUAGAUGCAAUGGAUAGCCUGAUGCGUACCACGAUUAGGAUUUUUAACAUUUUAAACUCUCCUUCAUCGGAAAGUUCUUUAUUUAUGAAAGGGGUUUCAAAGUGUGAAUCUGAUAUACUAUCCACCUUGGAUUAUGAUAUAUCUGACAAAUAUAAAAUCAUAAAUGUAGCGGAACUUGACAAUAAAUCAAAGUUGUCAGGUUCGUAUAAAUAUACGACAAAGGAAAAUGGGAAUUUAUUGUCUAAUGGAGAUAGUGAUAUGAAUACAGCCGGAUAUAUGCAGGGUUUAAAAGAUAAACUUAGACUAGAGGUUCCAAAAGGUGAUGGUCUUGGACUUUCAGUUUCUAAUACUUGCACAUUCAAUACGUUUAAAAAUUGGGAUUCAGGAUCGAAUAUCUAUUACAAAUUUGUUUUUUUGUAUUCUUUAGUUGUUCUCACUGUCUCUUUCCAUUCAUUUUUACACUUGGUUCGUGUCUUGAGUAUAAAUAUCGCAAUUAAUUCCUCAGAAUCUGCAAUGUUAUUAUUGCUUAUUACCAACAACUUUGCCGAAAUUAAAUCUACUGUAUUUAAAAAGUAUAACUAUGUAUCAUUGUUUAUUAUAUUCGCAUCAGACGCAGUUGAGAGAUCUUAUUUGUUUUGUGACGGUUUAAAUGUUUUCCUCAAAAUGCUUGCAUCCAAAAGGUAUUAA